AUGACCUCCAGGACCCCUCUGUGGGUUACAGCCUGUUCGCAUUUCUACCACAACUUAAGACGUCUGCAGUGGGGUGUGAGGGAGAGUUAAAGGCCGCUGUGUUCACAUCCCCAGGUACCAGGAGCUCAGAAGACUGACGACCUUCCAGUCACCGAGUGGGCCCAGGGCUUGCAGCUGCCCAUGUGUCUUCCACACAGGCUGCUCGCUAAAAUGAGGGAUCUUCUUCAGUACGUCGCCUGCUUCUUUGCCUUUUUCUCUGCUGGGUUCUUGGUUGUGGCCACCUGGACAGACUGUUGGAUGGUGAAUGCUGACGAUUCCCUGGAGGUGAGCACCAAGUGCCGAGGCCUCUGGUGGGAGUGUGUCACCAAUGCUUUUGAUGGGAUUCGUACCUGUGAUGAGUAUGACUCUAUCCUUGCAGAGCACCCCCUGAAGUUGGUGGUAACUCGAGCAUUGAUGAUUACUGCAGAUAUUUUAGCUGGAUUUGGAUUUAUCACCCUGCUUCUUGGUCUCCACUGUGUGAAAUUCCUCCCUGAUGAGCCAUACAUCAAAGUCCGCAUCUGCUUUGUUGCUGGAACCAUAUUACUAAUAGCAGGUGCCCCAGGAAUCAUUGGUUCAGUGUGGUAUGCUGUGGAUGUUUAUGUAGAACGUUCUUCUCUGGUUUUGCACAAUAUAUUUCUUGGCAUCCAAUACAAAUUUGGUUGGUCUUGUUGGCUUGGAAUGGCUGGGUCUCUGGGUUGUUUUUUGGCUGGUGCUGUCCUGACAUGCUGCUUAUACCUCUUCAAAGAUGUUGGACCUGAGAGGAACUAUCCAUAUUCAACGAGGAAAGCCUAUUCAAAUGCAGCUCUUUCCAUGGCCAAGUCAUAUGUCGCCCCCCGGACAGAGACCGCCAAAAUGUAUGCUGUGGACACGAGGGUGUAA